AUCAGCCAAUUGUCAGCAGGCUCACCUGAUUGCAGAUCUGAGAUGUGUUUGUGUGCCGCAAUAAGAGGUCAUUUGGAACACGCGUAGAGAAGAACACACACGCUUGUUGGUAUUCGCGUGUUUAUAUCCGAUCGCGUUGCUUUUACCUGGCUCUCUCCUAUCGAUGACCUAAACUGCAGAAAUGACCACCAAGAAAAGUAAAACCGUCGCGUUUGAAAGCGGUGCUGGGGAUUUAACUGCGUUGUAUUGUAUGAGUGAUUGGAUGAUUGCAGUGGUUCUCGCUAUUAUUGCCAUGAUGUCUGUAUGGGCUGCACUGAUCAUAUACAGAUCUAUACAGAGACUGAAAGGUCCGAGGAGAAAGGUUGAAGAUGAAACUGGAAAGGACACUACAAACGAAGAAGCACCCCUCUCUUGUGUCGAGUCAACAGAGGAGACUGAGGUGGUUCCAGGGGCACUGGAGAGCUGGGAUGGAGAGGGAUGGAAGAGGGAGCCCAUGGUACGGAUUCCAACAAUCGAUGAUGUAGAACCCAUUGAGGUUAUCCCAACAACCCAUCAGGAUCUACAAACCAUUAGACAGAGAAGAACGACCAAGAAGAGCGACGGUCCUUAUGCUGAGUUUCAUCUCUGCUCUCCACCUGAAGAGCACAGAGGCUUAUGUCAUCAAUAUGAAGGCCUAUGUCAGGUCUGUGGAGGCUCGUGUCAGGAUGACACACGGUCUCGGCCUGACAAUACCCUGGAUAAGGAGGAACAGGCUACCAGUCACCAUUCCCUCAGUGACAUAAACAGUCAAUCUGGACAGAGUAAGGCUACAGACAUGUAUAAUCCAGAAGAGGAGGGUUUGAAGGAAGUUGAACUGAGGAAUGAUUGUCAACGUCAGCGCACCGAUGAGUCUGUGGCUAGCCAUCCGCUUACCUUUGCCAACGAGCCUCAGGAAGCUCCAGAAGAAAUCAAUGAAACUCUCCCUGACAUGUUGACUGAAUCUGAUCUACAAGAACCUGAUCAACUGUCUGUUACUGAGAUCCAGGAAGUAAAAUGCCCAGGUGCUGUCAUGAUGACUGACCGUGUGGAGGUGGUCUAUGAGAAGACUAGAACCAUGGAGGAUGACAUGGAAGCGAUGGUUGAGGAUCUCUACAGUCACUUCCCGCAAGUGGAUGAUCGUUCAGCAGGUUUCGUAUAUUGUGACGUGGCAAAUGCAUGGGUGGCGAAAAGAGAUGAUCUUGAUGACCGUGGAAACGGUCGACAACUGGCUCAAAGCUGGAAUACAACAGGGAUUGACCCUACAGAGAGGAUGAUGAGCAACCCUCAGGAACUGUUUGACCAACAGCCAGACAGUCUCUGCAGUGAUCCCGACAGAGACUGUGUCCUUCAUGACAACGCGAUAGAAGGGUUAAGCAGGGAGCCGACGGAAGCGCCAGACACCAAUGUGGUUUCCGAGUGGAAGGGAGAGGGGGUUAAUAAGAGCAUGGACACACGGGUAGAGGGCAGUUGUCAGGAAGUUGAAAUAAACAUCAUGGAAGCCACUAUGGACUACAAUGAAUGGAUGACUGUAAGUGUCACGGAUGCAGAGGGUAACGCUGACACUCCCUGGGUGAGGAUAAGCCACUCGUCCGUCGACUGCUCUGCCGAGGCGGAGCGUCAUCCCACAGAAACGCACCACAAUGCAGACGAUUCAACAAUGACUGACACACCCACAUCAAAGGUCAAAGAAACUGAAACCACACUUGUAUCACUAGCUGGAGACUUGCAGGAGAAUAAAAUGGCAGCUGUGCUUCCUAUCGAACCCCAUGCAGUGCAGGUGAGGUUCUGUAUCCACUAUCACACCCUGUCUCCCUGGCAGGAGCUGGCUGUGACGGGGAACCAACCGGAACUGGGGAGCUGGAAGGGCUUUGUUCCGCUGGAGAGGGGCCAGGACGGGUUCUGGGCCAGCUGGGUCGCCCUUCCUGCAGAAAAACUGGUGGAGUGGAAGUUCGUGCUGGUGGAGAAUGGUGAAAUCCAACGCUGGGAGGAAAGUGAGAAUAGACACCUGGAAACGGGUCAUGGAGGUGGAGCGGUGAACCUCAACAGGUGGUGGGGCUUCCUCUGAGUGAGCAACCAGUGGGAGGAGUGAAUGGCGCUAAUGGUCGUUCUCUUUACUAGUAUACUUCUUAGAAUGCCACUAAUCUAUUCUAAGUGGUGUUGGCAGUGUGGCUCUCGCAUCGGAAGAGGACUGACUGGCGCAAAGGGUUGAUCAUAGAGGACUUGGCUGCGCCCCAAUUUUUUUCUUACUCUUCAUCCUGUGCACUAAUUCACUUUUUUUUUUUUUUUGCAUUUUAAAAAGCAGUUUCCAACAUAUUCCUUACCUGAACCAAUUGUGUGUACACUUUGGUUAAAGGGGUGUUAAUCCCCAGUAUCUAAUCAGGGCUCUGGUCCUUUAUGUACUGCAUUAUAGCAACACAACUAUUACUCAAGUUGCCCGUCUUAAGUGAAUGAUGUAAUGAGAAGGUAGAGUUGGAUGAGUGUCAAUAUAGAAUGGUGCUUGGAUAUUGUCCAGAGGAUGAUGAUUCAGUACUUUCAAUAGAGCAGCUCUGCACUACUUUGGGCUUCUAUACCAGCAUUAUUUGUGCUGUGGCAGUAUAGCAAUAAUCACAGCAAUAAGUGUUGUUAUCCAGGUAUUUUACAUGUUUUACUGCAGUUACUCAGACUGUCUUUGUGAUUUGUGAAAUGGGCUGUUUAUAUUUCCAGUAAUAGAAUACUCGUAACCAUCAACCGAUAUAGGUCAGUGAAUUGUUAUUAUGCAAAUACUGUGAUGCUGGAAUUUUAAAUGUCAUAUCUCUACAUCUGAUCUUAGCUUCUUGAAUUAUAUUUGUCUAUUAUCCACACCAAGUCCCUUAACCUUUUUGAUAAUACAUUUAUCAGUGUUAUUAAAUGUUUUGACAUGUUAACUCACUUUGGUUUGGUUUACUUAGAUUUUAUUUUAUCACAAUUGAUGGUGUAUUGGUUAGUCUUUUUAAUAGUAUACUGUCUUAUGAUUGCAAUGUGGUUAAUGUACUACUAUUGAAUAUUUAGCUUAAGUAGUGUUCUGUCCUAUUACCCAAUAAACAUAUUUUCCUGGAA